AUGUUGGUAGAAGGAAAAAGUAGUGGGGUGACUAAAAAGUGCACCAGCAAAAGUAACAUGUGCAAUGAAGGUGAACAUAUAAAGGGUUGUCGCAACAAAAUCAACUGGUUUGAUCACGAAUUGGCUCAUAUGAGAGAGACUUUGGAACUAAUAACACAAAUUAAUAAAGAUAAUCCCCAAGUAGUAUCAAAGAAGGAGAUUAAUGUCUUCAAAUCAAAGUACCGAUCAGAAAUCAGAAUUAGGAAAAAAAAUGCUCAUGAUAAAUAUAUACGUAGAGCGUCAGAUAAACAAGCAGCUAUGUGGAACGUGAUUAAAUCCAAUGGUGUGCAAUCAUCAAAAGCACAUUCGUCUACUCUCAGCGCGAAUGAUUUAAACUCUUUCUUCGUCAGCAUUGCUGAUACCAUUAUCGCUGAAAUUCCAGCUACCCAGUCGAACUUCAAAGAUUUUAUACAGACUAGUGAUACACUACAUUUCAACUUUCGAACUGUUUCAUUCAAUGAUGUUCGAGACGCAAUCAAAAGCUUAAAGAAUUCUAAAAGUAAAGAUCCAUAUGACAUCGAUGUUAAAAUUAUGAAGACCUUAAAUAACUUGUUAGUAUAUCCUAUAACAAAAUUGAUAAACAUGUGUAUAGAAAAUAAUGUCUUUCCUGCCUUAUUAAAACUUGCAAAGAUUGUGCCACUCUUCAAGAAAGGCUGUGAGAAUGAUCCAUGUAAUUUCAGACCCAUCUCUAUAAUACCAAUUAUAGCAAAAAUUUUCGAAAUUCUUCUGAAGAAUCAGAUAUGUGAAUACUUCGAAGGUAACAAUUUAUUCUGUAACAACCAGUUUGGAUACCGUACCAACAGAUCAACGAAAGCAGCAAUAAACAAUUUUAUCAGUUUCAUCAACAAAUGUCUGGAAGAUAACAUGUUUGCCCUCGCUAACUUCUAUGAUCUUACAAAAGCAUUUGAUUGUGUCCAACAUCACAUUUUGAUUCAAAAGUUGUCGCUGUAUGGUUUUAGUAAUAAUAGCCUGUCCUUAAUUGCGUCUUAUUUAUCAGAUAGAAGACAGUAUGUUAGUUUUCAAAAUUGUUUAUCCAACAAUGUGCAUAUUAAGCACGGAGUUCCCCAAGGAAGUGUCUUGGGACCGAUUCUUUUUUUGAUCUACAUCAAUGAUCUGCCAAACUGUAGCAUCAAUCAGUAUAUAUUAUUUGCGGAUGACACGACAUCAAUAUCCUCCAAUAGUAACUUUGAUCAUGUAUUGCUCGAUUCUCAGCAGCAUUUUGACAACAUUCAAAACUGGUUUAAUGCCAACAGUUUGUCAAUCAACAUAGCGAAAACUCAAUCUCUUCUACUCAGUACUCGUCCACAUAGAAGUGAUUUAGUAGAGCCCGUGAAAUUUCUUGGAGUGAUUAUUGAUGCAAGCUUAACUUGGGAAUCACACAUCACUUCUUUAUCAAAGAAGUUAUCUAAAAUAACAUAUAUGAUACGUAGUUUAAAUACCUACGUAACAAAAUCGACUUUAAUGACAGCCUAUUAUGCUUACUUCCAAUCUAACUUGCAAUACUGCAUACUGAUUUGGGGACAUUCAUGUCAUGUAUCGAAGGUGUUUGCUGUUCAGAGACGAUGCUUGAGAAUAAUAGCAAACUUAUAUUUCAGACAGUGUUGCAAGACGACAUUUAUCGACCUAAAAAUUUUAACUGUGCCAUGCAUAUAUAUACUGGAAUGUCUGAUCCACGUUAAAAAUAAUUACGAUGAUUACAGAACUCCGAAAGAGAUUCACAAAUAUAACACAAGGUUCAACAAUGAAUUAAUACCAGAGUACACAAGACUUUCAAAAACUAGACACGGAAGUAAUUAUUUCGGUGUGAAAUUUUUUAAUGCGCUGCCCAAGUUUUGUCAAACACUCAACUCAACCAUUUUUAAAGCAACUGUGAAAAGAUAUCUAGUGACGAAAGCUUUUUACAGCAUAGAUGAGUUUUUAAAUAAUGAUUUACCGACUUUGUUCCAUAAUUGUUGA